AUGAGGCGAGAGCCCUCCAAUGCCCUCCCGUCGCUCAAGUUCCUAUACGGUACUAUUUCAGUCGAGACAACGCCCAACGCAUUGCACGGGACGCAGUUGACCGGAGAGCAAAGAACGGUCUUUCGCCCUGUCGUGGACGAAGAGACCAGAACAAGUUUCACCGUCAACAAGUGCGAAAGCAUCGAGUACGACGAUAUGUCAUUCGCCAGCCGACGAUGGGGAGACGGCCCAAGCGUGCAGCUGCAGCCUCUCCACAUUGAAGAACGGCAUCACAGUCGCGACAUCCGUCCCCAAUCAUCCUCUUCAUCCGUGGCACGUACUAUCCUCACCUUUUCUGUGCUACUCCGAAUCUAG